GGAAGUGGCCGAGAUUAGAGCCAGCGCGGGCCGCACCGCGCCGCGAACGUAAGCCCACUUAAGACUGUUUUUAAUACUAGUAUUUUUUACGCGAUCCCGACAGGAUUUACCGGAUAAGCGCCGUCGCCGCGAUCGUGCGCUUUGAUUUAUCGGUUUCGGAUUCGUAUUCGGUUUGUUUCUGGUGUUUACGUUAGUGGGUGACGUCUGGCCGCGGGUGGACGCGCGUAAUCCAGCGGCUUGUACCAGAUUAUGACGGAUAUCAUCGGAUUGCGUGUACAUAUACUGUGAAAACCAGCUUCCGAGGAAUCGCUGAACUUACUGCCCCGCUUCGCUGUCGAAAACCCAGAUUAAUCCGUUCACCAGUGCCAUCAGCGCAUGUGCUAAUAUCCGCCACUGACAAUCGACAGUCGCGAACGCGGCUCUUUCCCACCUCGUGACCAUCAAACGUCAUCAUUCACCUACGCGUGUAUAAGGAGGCGCUAGCGGCCGGCAUGGAGCCGCUAAGCGAAAACGGACUCUGUCUCUCAGAGCUAGAGCUGCAUGGUGGAGGGCACCUGCACGAAUCAGUGGCAGCUUCAGUGGGAACAGCCAUUUCCAGCCUAAUGGCGCCGUUGCACCACGAGCCUCAACACACUCCGUUACAUCACGCCCCGCCGCUGCAUCACGAGCCACUGGAAAAGUUGAAAUUAUGGGCAGAGACAGGCGAGUUUCGGGACAGCGGGCACUCGUCCCUCGCGUCAGGUGGGUCCGGCAUCGAACAAUCGUCGCUAUACGCGCCGCCACGACCGAGGCGCGACCGUAAGAGUGCCGACGACAAUCGUGCUUUAACAUCAGAGCCCACGAUCAAGACGGAGUCCACAACACCUGGCAUAGGCCCCGAUGAACCCAUGGACGACAAAGGCGACAAGAAGAACAAACGCCAACGGCGCCAGCGCACGCAUUUCACCAGUCAACAACUCCAGGAGUUAGAAGCCACGUUCGCGAGGAACCGCUAUCCUGAUAUGUCUACGAGGGAAGAGAUCGCGAUGUGGACUAACCUAACUGAGGCGAGAGUUAGGGUAUGGUUUAAAAACCGGAGAGCGAAAUGGCGGAAACGUGAACGGAACGCAAUGAACGCCGCCGCGGCAGCCGCUGUGGACUUCAAAAACGGCUUUAGCACUCAAUUCAACGGCCUAAUGCAACCUUUCCCAGACACCGAUGCAUUGUACUCACCAUAUCCUUACAACAACUGGGCUACGAAGGUCCCCAGCCCGUUAGGAACAAAAAGCUUUCCGUGGCCAGUGAACGCAUUAGGGUCAGUGGUUCCAGCGAGCCACCACCAGGGCUCGGUAAAUUGCUUCAAUACUGCGACGUCGAUGGGCGGCGUUGGUAGCGGCGGGAUGGCCGGCGUAGGUGGACCGGCAGGCGUCGGCGGCGGCGUGGCGCCGUGCCCGUACACAGCACCGCCGAACCCGUACAGCAUGUACCGCGCAGAGCCGUGCCCCGCGAUGACGUCUUCAAUAGCGUCGCUGCGGCUGAAAGCGAAACAGCACUCUUCAGGAUUCGGUGGCGGGUACGGGUCGGUGUCGCCGGUGUCACGCGCGGGGUCGGCGCCGUUGUCGGCGUGCCAAUACGCGGGCGGCGUGGGCGUGUCGGACCGCAUGCUCUGAGAGGAGGCGCGCGGACGCGACGACGUGCGCUCGCCGCCGCCGGCCGCCGCCCGCGUCUCCUAGUCACCACCCGCGCGUCGCCCGCCCGCCGCUUCUCCAGAACAAACGCACCACGGCCUUUAUAGGCACCUCUGGGACUGGUUCGAUUGAGCUAAACUGGGGGGCACUAAUUCUUAGCAUUCGGCCAAACCAUUUUUAAGUUCCAUUACUUAACGUUUCCAUGUUCUGGUUGUUUUAUUUAUUUAACUUGAUGUAAAGAUAAAAAUAAUUUUUGUAAACGGCAUUUAUAGUCUAUGCAGACAUCGAAGUUCUCUUUCAGGUAUUAUCAACAAGUGCAAGUGAAUUGGUGCCCAUGAUAAACUAUUGCGGUCUAAGACUAGGGUGUGUCGCGUGUAUUUUAUUAGUAUAAAUUUGUUCUCUACGAAACUUCAGGCAAUAAACCUUAACGAUUCGUUUUAGAUGUUGAUGUAAAUAUAUAGCUAUGUAUCUACGUAUACCAAAGCGAUGA